AUGUUAGCUAAAGAAAUCCGGAAGAAGCCUUUAGGACCUCUGACCCCAGGCUACAACUUUACGCGCAGUCUUCGCAGCAUGCUGGAUGACCUGCUUCCCGAAAAUGCUCACGAAACAGCGAAAGGGAAGUUAUUUGUGUCUGUUACCAACACAGACACAAAGAAAAACGAAUUGAUUUCUGAUUUUUCAUCUCGAAAUGAGCUAAUUGAAGUUCUUGUUUCCAGUUGCUAUGUACCGAUCUAUGCUGGAGUUAAGCCAGCCACAAUUCGUGGAAAGAAAUACAUUGAUGGAGGACUUUCAAAUAACAUGCCCAUAUUCGAAACAGGAAGAACAAUUACAGUUUCACCUUUCGAUGGGACAUCUGACAUUGGGCCAAAAGCUGGCCAAGAAGCUGAGAAAAAGGCCCAUUUAAUCAACAUACAGAAUCAGGACAUACAGGUCAGUGUUAACAAUACAAGGAAAAGCACACAGGCCUUCUUCCCACCUAAACGUCAAUCACUGGAGGAAUACUUUGUAAAGGGACGAUACGACGCUAGCCGCUUCCUUAUUCGAGAGGGUCUUUAUGAAAUAUGCACAGCCACCCAGAAGAAAGUUAUAAUGUAUGAAUCGUCAGUUUAA